AUGAACAGGCACAAGAGGGCUGGCCUUACGCCGAUGAAUACAUUGGUAACACAUUCGAGGGAAAGUAAAGGGCCAACACGGCAUACAGGGGAUCGUUACCAACUUGAACGACAGAAGCAUGUUAGUAAGGUUUCUGAGGGGGUUAUUCGUGCUGUGGAGCUUUCAGAAUGCAUACCGCCUUCGAAAAAAUAUAAGUUGUCACCUUCACCUGGUUUGAUGCAAGGCGCUGCUGCUGCUACUUCUAGCUCUAAUGGGUUGUUGCCGUCAGCAGAAAGCGAUCUGGGUAAUUUGGCCGAUGCUGGUAAAUAUGCGACUGAGCGGAUAGUUGGAUAUUUAGAGUUAUUUGAUGAUAGCGGUGAUUUGUAUGUUAUUGAGAAUGUCCUGUUGGAAAUAUCGUUUGGGAAUGGGUCGAAGGAGAUGAUGUUUUGUGAUUUGAAGAGCGUGGGAGAUAUGAAUGUCAUGCUUUCUUUGAAUCUUUUGAAGGAUGUGCGUAUGUUCUACUUUGAUAUGCAUACCACAUGUGUGGGGCUCCAGCUGGUGACGGAUUUUUAUCUGAAUGUUGAUGAUGGCAAAGUGCUUGCUAAGAUGAUUAUUUGGGGUAACAACGGGGACAAAUCUGAAGUUAGAUUGAUUGGGAUUGAAGAUAGAAUCAAGAAGGCAGGGUUUAAAAUAAGUAACACAGGGAGCAAGAGAAUAAUUGAGGAAUCCAUGAAACAGGAUUUAGUUAGCAGAGUGGUGAGACAGAAAACAGAUAAAGGAAUUGCUUUGUUAGGCAAGACUCUAAAGUCUUUGAAUAACACAAAAGGCCUGAAGAAAAAGUAUGGCAAGUCAGGGCAGGUUAUAAAUCUUCCUGGGAAUGCUAUGCCAGUAGAAUCAUCAGACAGUGAUACGUCUCCUGGUAAAGGAAUUGCAUCAAACUCAUUUUACGGCUCUGUAAAAACAUCUCCAUUGAAAUCAAAAAUAUCAGAACAUACUUAUUCCAGUUUGAGGAAAUCAUCGAGACUAUUGGAAAUGGAAACCGAAAGCCAUUUAUUGUUAGAUGAUGACGAUUUGCAUGAAGUCCCAGAAGUGUUUAAACCUAGUUUGCACUACUUAUUUGGCGAUGAUACAAAGUAUUCAGUUACCAACCAAGAUUUUAAGUGCUUGUACAAUCAUGAUUGGAUCAAUGACACCAUUUUAGACUUUUUUGUGAAAUACUACGUUGAACAAGCGAUUUCUACACAAAGCGUGGAAAAGGAAGAAGUUUUUAUACUAUCUUCAUUUUUUUACACUAAAUUAGUCAGUAACUUGGAAAAUUGUUAUUUAAAUGUUAAGAAGUGGGUAACCAACUCAAAUCUAAUGGAACGAAAGUACGUCGUAAUUCCUAUCAAUGUCAACUUUCAUUGGUUUGGUUGUAUCAUAACAAAUUUGCAUAAAGUACUUCGGUUUUUUAAAAAAGGAUACUAUUCUCGGUGGGUAGAGCAGGCCAAUUCAAAUUCUAACUUUCCAGAACAUGAAGAAGUGAAUUUCCCAAUGGUAUCGAUCUUAGUUUAUGACUCUCUACGACAGACACAUUCACGUGAAGUGGAUCCGAUCAAAAUGUUUUUGAUUGCCUAUGUUAAAGACAAAUAUGGAUUUGAGAUCCCAAGGAUGCAGAUUAGGAUGAAGAUGUGCACUGUACCACAGCAACCUAAUAUGAGUGAUUGUGGUGUUCACCUUAUCUUAAACACCAAAAAGUUUUUUGAGAAUCCGAAAAAAGCUAUAGCAUUAUGGUUUCAAAAACCUUCAUUACUCCUAACCAAAGAAAUAAACUCUUACUUUGAUAAAAAACAACGUAAAUCUGCCAGAAAGGAGCUAAGACAGGUUUUAUGGAAUUUACAACAGGAACAAAUUGAACACAAUGGUACAUCUAAUGACUCUGAUAUUUCUGGUGAUUGUGCCGAUCAUAGUGACAUAGAGAUUAUUGAAAAAGUUGAUGAAAUCGAAACUCAAACUCAGGAUGUCGACCACAAGGAAGGCUCCAUGGAAGGAAUGGAAUGCUCAUCUGAGUACAAUAUUAUUUCUGGCGAACAGUUUGUUAAACUGGAAUUAGUUCAAACUGAUGGAAGUUCCUUGUUAAGGGAGCGCCCAGAAAUAUCCAGUGGCUCUGAAGAUAGAAUGAGUAUUUCUCCAGAAUCUAAUGUUAUGAUUUAUAGAAAUGACGAAAAUCAGAGACACUAUGUUGCUCAUUCAUCCUCUGUGGUCCGAGAGCCUAACAAUAGGCGCCAUUUGAGCAGCAGCCCCGAACGCAUCGAUACGGUCGCUAAAGAAACAGGUGUCAGUUCUGUAUUUUUUCAAGAAAAAGUUACUAGAGAUACGAUUACUGAAAAAGAGUCUAAAAAGAAGCAAUAUGAUGAUGUUGAUGCAAAGAAACCGCACGCUUUAUUGGAAGGGGUGGGCAAUAAAAAAAGAUUUGGCUCAUUGGGAUUGCGUCACAGCGUCAUCUCUCCGCUUUCAGAAGUUGAUGAAUACCAUGAGGAUUCAAUCAAUCAAGAAAUAGCCAAAUUUAAAGCUGUUUCAAUAGCCAGCACUUUACAAAGACCGAAUAGGCGUAAUAUUCGAAGAGUUGAUUUUGAUCCAGGGCCAACACGGGUGGUGAAUCAAGGUGAUAAUGAUAAUAAUGAUGAUUACGACGGUGAUGAUGGUGAUGAUGUUGAUUCUGAAUCAGAAGAAUUAAAUUUAUUAGAGCAAGCGGUAGAUACUACUGCAUAUUUAAAAAACGAGCUUGAUAAAGAACUAGCUCAAGAUUCAUCUGAUAUACAUAUUUCAGUUCCCCGUAUGAAUAUUAAAACACCUAAACCGAAUAAUGAUAUUAGUGAUGCUAACCCCAAAAAAAUAAAAAGCAGGGAACUUAUUGAAUUGGAAGAUGUGAAAGAGCUAUCCAGCACGGUUUUGGGCGGAUCAUCUAAAACAAAAGGCCCAACUUCGAGCAGCAAACAUAUUACGUCAUCAACUUCCGAACAUGAGUAUAUUGAGGUGCAAGAUCUGACUGGUGAUAGCCUUUCUAUGCGUUUCACUAGGGGAAAAUUAGGCUUUCAGAGAAAAACGGAAGGAAACCAGUGA